UCAGUUGAGUUCCUUUGACUGAACACGCAACAAUCCCCCCAAGAAGAUGAAGUUCCUGAUCAUCCUUGCCCUGGCCGUGGCCGCCUCUGCCUUCCCCGAGGCGGAGUUGACCCACCGCAACCGUGAGAUGCCCGUCGUCGGCGACAUUGAGGGUCGCAUCACCAACGGCAAGACCGCCGCCGUGGGUCAGUUCCCCUACCAGGUGGGACUUUCCCUCAAGCUGAGCGCUCUGUCCAGCGCCUGGUGCGGUGGCUCCCUGAUCGGCAACUCCUGGGUCCUGACCGCUGCUCACUGUACCGAUGGUGUCCAGUCCGUGACUGUCUACCUGGGCGCCACUGUGCGUACCUCCGCCGAGGUUAGCCACACCGUGGCCAAGUCCGACAUCAUCAUCCACUCCGGCUGGAACAGCGCCAACCUGCGCAACGACAUCUCUCUGAUCAAGAUCCCCUCGGUCAGCUAUACCUCCAGGAUCCAGGCCGUCAAAAUUCCCGCCAUUGCCAACUCGUACAGCACCUAUGUCGGCGACACGGUUACCGCCUCCGGCUGGGGACGCACCUCCGACGCGGCGAGCGCUGUAGCCACUAACCUCCAGUACGCCGAGUUGAAGGUUAUUCCCAACGCUGACUGCCAAAAGGUCUACGGUACCUCGAUCGUUACUGGAAGCCAAAUUUGCGUUGAAACCCCCAACAAGGUCUCCACCUGCAACGGUGACUCCGGUGGUCCUCUGGUCACCAGCGCGAAGAUUCAGAUCGGUCUUACCUCCUUUGGAGCCGCUGCCGGUUGCGAGAAGGGCUACCCCGUUGCCUUCACCCGUGUCACCAGCUAUCUGGACUGGAUCAAGAGCAACACUGGCAUCUCCAACUAAGGAGGAGUCAGGGACUUCACAUUAUGCACAAAUAUAAAAAAAAAUUCUAACGAAUA